ACAUCGAUCACACACCUCAGCGGGCCACGCCCAGCUUCUUGUCGCUCCGGAGUGCCAGGUUUGCUGUUUUUUUCCCGCCAUUUUUAGCUUUUUGAGGAGAACUGGUUGUUUUAGGUGAGAUCCGAGGCUUUCUGAGAAUCACGGCGGCCAAACGGAAUGGAUUGGUUUCACUGCAACCGGUGUUUCCGAAAAGAUGGGGCCCAUUUCUUUGUUACCAGCUGUGGUCAUAUUUUCUGUAAAAAAUGUGUGACUCUAGAAAAAUGUUCUAUCUGCGGAACUGCCUGCAAGCAUCUGGCUCUUUCUGAUAGUCUGAAACCUCAGGAGAAGAUGUACUUCAAAAGCCCUGUGGAGACAGCUUUGCAGUAUUUUAGUCACAUCUCUCAGGUGUGGAGUUUCCAGAAGAAACAAACAGAUCUCCUCAUUGCCUUUUUUAAGCAUAGAAUUACAAAGUUAGAAGCAUCCUUACAGGAGGCACAGCAAACAUUGACCAACAAGGACAAAGAGCUGUCAGUCUUAAGGAAAGAGAAUGGAGAACUGAAGAAAUUUCUAGCCAUCCUAAAGGAAUCUCCAAGUUGGUACCAAGGAAGCAGAUCAACCACACCUCGACCAGUGGGCAUUACCUCUCCAUCACAGUCAGUUACCCCACGACCCAGUUCUCAGCAUAGUAGCCAAGUGGUCAGUCGAUCCUCCUCAGUGGAGUCUAUCCCUUAUAGAGUGGCUGGCUUUAGUAACUUGGGACAAGGAGUCAGAGGCCUGCAGGCUAGGAGCACUCCCAGAGACUCUUAUACCGAAACCCCUUCACCAGCUUCUACUCACAGCCUGUCUUAUAGACCUUCAUCUGCCUCCUCCGGACAGGGGAUUUUUUCUUUCAGACCAUCCCUAAAUGGUGGGGAUUCAGAUCUCACAAGAGUCCUCACCUCCAACAAUUCAGGUCAGAGAGAGAGCAGAACCACCCUAGAGAGUCUUCCUGGUUUCCAGCUACCAGUCCUGCAGAAUCUCUACCAACAGAGGCAGAUGGGAUUAGCCAGGGGGAAAGAAGUAUGGAACACUCCCAGAUAGACCAUGUUCCAGGUCUGAUCUAUAUAUACGGCUGAAGGACGGACGUUAGCAUCUAAACUCGUUUAGACCUGAUGGCCUGGGAAAAUGCACCCCUGCCUUAUUUCCUGGUUUCACUCUGUAUCUUCUUUCAGUCUUUACCCUGUAUACCCUGUAUUACUUCCUACAAAAGGGAUCAGGUCAGUGCUUCAGAAAGAUGUCAGUAUCUUUCCUAUAAGAUAUACGUAGCUCCCUUAUUUCCUACAACUUGAAACAAAGGUUAUAAAAACAAUUCUUGGCAUGGGGGGGUGAUGGUGGUAAUAUGCUCAUUAACCGUGUUUUAUUUCCGGAUUUCACUUUUUAGCUUUGGAUAUAUUCUCCCAUUGCCAGUGUUAACAAGCAAAAACUCUGUUCCUUGCCCUAAUUGAGUAUACGUUUUCUGUUUGCCUCUUGUUUCCUCCAUGCCUGGUUACUAUUAAAUAUGUUAAUUUUUCUUUCUGUCUGGUACCAGUUGGAGGCACAGGCUUUCAGCUUACUAAAGUACACAGAUAAUAAAAUAAAGAGGAUGCCCUUUUACUGCUACUGCAACUAUACUGGUAUUACAAGCUCUAGAAUGGUGGGAUGGGCAAAGAACACUACCACUGAGAUCGAACAUUUAUUUUUCUUUGGGUACCAAGGGGUAAAAUGAGGAGUUAAGGAGUUCCUGUCGUGGCCGCAGUGGUUAAUGAAUCUGACUAGGAACCAUGAGGUUGCGGGUUCGGUCC